AUGACUUUUCUGGGCAAGGUUCCGUUUGUAACGAACGACACCUUUAUCGCUCCCUCGGCCUCGGUGAUUGGCGACGUAACCAACUGGGACCAGUCUUCUGUCUGGUACAAGGCGGUAGUCCGCGCUGAUUCGGAGCACAGCAUUACAAUCGGAUUCUGCAGCAGCGUUGGCGAAGGCACCGUUGUGAACACACUCUCCAGUACGGGACAACUCGAAACGGGCCUGCCCCCGGACACGUAUAUUGGACACUACGUGACCGUCGGUGCCGGAUGUGUGCUCAAAUCUUGCCGCGUGGACGAUUUGGUCGUUGUUGGGGACAAGUGUACCAUCUUGGAAGGAAGCUUGGUGGAGAAUCACGUGAUUCUCAAACCGGGGACCGUCGUCAUGCCCUACCAGCGCAUCCCCUCCGGACAAAUGUGGGCGGGCAACCCGGCUGCCUUCGUGAGCGAAUUGACACCCGACGAGAAGGAAGAUAUUCAACAGCAAGCGCUCAAAAUAUUCACAUCGACCAAGGAACAUAUACUCGAAUUCCUGCCGUACGGACGAACCUUUGUGCAUCUAGAGGAGUUGGAAAAGCAAGCUGGGCUGCAAGUCAAGCAAGGAUGA